UACUAGUCUUUUAACUCCAAAGUCACAGCAUCGGGGAAGGACAAGAUCCUUCAGCGGUUUCGUGGUGUAGUUGGUUAUCACGUCAGUCUAACACACUGAAGGUCUCCGGUUCAAGUCCGGGCGAAAUCAUGCCAUUAUGUUUUGCAGUUUCUAAUCCUCCUUUUUGGACUUCGGGACGUGAUUUAUAAUAUUGCGUGGUUUAUGGCGUGAUCUCACGUGACCAUCACUGGUGUGUGACAGUUCGCGGCAAAUGACAUGUAACAAAAUUUUCCGAAUCAAGCGUUUGGUCUAUAAUCGUACUAGCAUCUACUAGCCUUUUGGAUCUAGAUAGGUCCUUGCAUAUUGGUUCUGUUUUUGUUUGCUUGGUUGUCAGUCAACCUUGAUAUUCCAGUUAGACAACUUCGAGUGAAGCGGUUGGGUUGUUGUGUGCACUAUUCUUCUGGCAGGGUGAUUUCAGUUUUUAGUAAUUACAUAUCAUACACAAUGACAGCUACCCCUGUACUCCGGCUCCUGGCUCGAGCCCCUGUCAAAGUGCCCCUCAGGACAUACGCCACAUCGAUACCAGCAAAGGCCCAUCACCACGUCGUCAUUGUCGGUGGUGGUACAGCUGGUGUGACUGCUGCAGCACAGUUGCAGCGCUCUCUUGGGCUUGAAAAGAAGGACAUUGCCAUUCUAGACCCGGCCAAAACACAUCAUUAUCAGCCUGGGUGGACGCUCGUGGGCUCAGGCCUAAAAUCGCUGGACGAUGUCCAGCGACCCCUCUCUCACGUAGUACCAGCAGGAGUGAAGCACUACCCUUUACGGGUGUCUACGUUUGACCCCGAACAAAACGCCGUGAAGACGUCCGAGGGGGUGGAUAUCUCAUACGACUAUCUUAUUGUUGCGCCUGGCCUUGAGACCAACUUUGGUGGUAUCUCGGGUCUUAAGGAGGCCCUGCAGGAUCCAGCCAGCGAGGUAUCGUCUAUUUACUCUGAAAAGACCGUCGAGCAGGUCUGGCGGAAUAUUCAGGCUUUCAAAAAGGGACCGGCCAUCUUCACACAGCCUGCAGGCAUCAUAAAAUGUGCCGGUGCACCUCAAAAGAUCAUGUGGAUGGCCCUGUCACAAUGGAAGCAGGAAGGUGUACGGGAUAAUAUUGAUAUUACCUUUGCAACUGGUGCCCCUGCCAUGUUUGCUGUGCCGAAGUAUUCGCAGGCUCUGGAAGCUCUCCGAAAAGAGCGAAAUGUUGAAGGCUUGUUCCAACACAACCUAAUUUCGAUAGACGCGAAGAAGAAAGUCGCUACAUUCAAGAACCUUGCCGAGGGUGCUCAAGGCGCAACUGUAGAGAGAGAGUUUGGUUUCUUGCAUGUGGUCCCUCCGCAGAAGCCAUGGGAUUGGGUCGCUAAGUCUAAGAUUGCCGAUGCAGCUGGUUGGGUCGAUGUCGACAAGUCCACCACGCAGCACAACAAAUACAAGAACAUCUUCUCGAUUGGUGAUGCGUCUAGCUUGCCAAACAGCAAGACGGCUGCUGCGAUAACCGCCCAGGUCCCUGUCAUGGUUGACAACCUCUUGGCAACAAUGGCUGGCAAGGAGGCUAAGGCUACGUACGACGGAUAUGCAAGCUGCCCGCUUCUGACGGGACAUAGAGAGCUCAUGCUCUGCGAAUUCAAGUAUGGCGGCGUGCCCAAGGAGACGUUCGCCAACAUCCUCGGUGGGCAAGAAACCCCUAACGCCGCAUACUAUUAUUUGAAAAAGAAUAUUUUCCCUGCCGUGUAUUGGAGUUAUUUCUUGAAGGGAUCAUGGUACGGCCCUAACUCUUUCUUCCGCCCAGAGACGACCACGGCCUAAGCAUAAUCACUCAUGAGAAUCGUGAGGAUGUGGUCUGUAGCGGAUAAAGGCGAUGCUUAAUUCCCUCGCGGCAUAUUUCAUUCAUGAGGGAUUA